AUGCCUACUCCAGAUGGGCAUCGCUACCUCCCCUCCACCGCUGUCUUCCUCGUCGAGGUCCUAAAACUGGUCGUCUGCCUGACCAUAUCCCUCUAUGAAAUCUCUCUCACUGUCCCUCGCUCUAUGCCCGUCACAUCACUCCUCAGUGCCUUAGGCAAUGCCAUCUUCUCAGGCGACAGCUGGAAAAUGGCAAUACCUGCAAGCCUUUACACCCUGGCAAACAGUCUUCAGUAUGUGGGGAUUUCCAACUUGGACGCGGCCACCUUCCAUGUAACAUAUCAAUUGAAGAUCUUUGUGACGGCUGUGCUCAGUGUGGUCCUGCUGCGAAGAUCCAUUAGUGGUCGCCAGUGGCUAUCUCUGAUCUUGUUGAUGGUUGGCGUCGCGAUAGUUUCGCUGCCCCAAGGUUCCGACGCGACUCUGGCCUCGAGCCACCAUACUCGAGUUUACGUCCCAAGAUCAACCAAUCCUCUACGAGACCACUUUAGAAUGGCUGAGCCCGGGUCCCAUUUGACAAAGAGAUCUGCCACAUACGAAGGCAUUGAAGAAGACGAACUGGCAUUGGACACCCCAGGCAUGGAUGCGUCAGCCGGCUUGUUGGCGGUUGUAAGUGUGUGCGUUUGCUCUGGGCUUGCAGGCGUAUACUUUGAGAAAGUUGUCAAGGAAUCACCUAAGACCACAUCACUCUGGGUUCGAAAUGUGCAACUGUCGGUGUAUUCGCUCUUCCCUGCCUUCUUCAUUGGAAUUAUCUUUCUGGACGGCGAGAUCGUUGGCAAAUAUGGCUUCUUCGCGGGCUACAACUGGAUCGUUGUGCUGUCCAUUAUAAUUCAGACCUUCGGCGGUAUUGUGGCCGCCUUUUGCAUUUUCUACGCCGACAAUAUCUCGAAGAAUUUCGCUGUUAGCAUCAGCAUGGUAUUGAGCAGUCUUGCAAGCUUUGUCUUCUUUGAUUUUUCGGCUUCCAACAACUUUCUCAUUGGCGCCUCAGUCGUACUCGUUGCGACAUGGCUAUACAAUUCAGAAGAAGCCCGUACCCAGAGCAUUCCCUCCAUCCAGCUUCCAAGCAACGAAAAGGGCCUUGCAGAAGUCCCUCCAGACAUGAACGAUAUGUCAAUCCAGAUUCCCAAAACCCCGCUGAGCCACCAAGAGUCGGCAUUGGCUACUUCGCGACCGGGUUCACCAACGCAUAAAAAGCGGAAAGGGGAUUCAGCAGGAUACUUCGCCAAACAACACGGCUGA